AUGAGUAAAACGUUUUCUUCCAAAAGUGGGAAUACUAGUGCGAGCAAUAAGAAUGUCGAUUCCAAACGCGCAAAAAAUGUGACGUCGAAAUCUAAGAAAAACAAUGUCUCUACGAAAGACCUUAGCAAUCUAGAAGGUAAAAAUCUAAAUAACAAAGAAACCGUGAUACGAUCAGAGGGCGAAAAAAUUGAGACAAAUAAGAGUCCGUCGAAUCCAGAAACAAAUUCUGUCACCUCGUCACACGAAAAUAUAACAAUUAUGAAGUCAUCUGACGACGAAAUUACCGAUGAUAUCGAUUGGGAACCUAGUAAUAGCGGUGAUAGUGGUUAUUCGCACUUGAAAACAUUAAAAUUAACUCCAAAAUUGAGUAAGGUUGAGAUUCAGAAUGUGCUGGAAAGCUAUAAUGAUUUUUAUGAAAAAAAUUAUAAUCAAAUAAAUUUCCUAUUGUUACAAGACUUCCCGUCGUGGCUCGAUGGACUAGGUCUUAAACCUCUGGCUCCCUAUUUCGCAAAUCAGGAUUGGCAUGAUAUAAUAGAGUUGACGUGGAAUGAUCUUGAGAUUUUGGGCAUUACCAAUUGGCAAUUGAGAAAGAGAUUACUUAGGCAUUUUUUUAUAAUCAGGAAAUUUCUAGCAAGGGAGAGAGGUGUGAAUCUACCAGUAGUUGAUUUCUCCAAUAUUAAAAAUAUUAAAAAUGAAAACGAUGAGGAGGAAAAUUGGUAUGGGCAUAUUGAUCCAAAAGUUUUACGCGAUAUGGAAUGUUUCCUUCACUCAUUGAACGACGGCCUUGGAAAACUAUGCCCUUACUUUUAUGAAAUGAGUUGGCAAGACUUGUGUUUGUUGACGUAUGAAGAUUUAAAAGAAUUGGGCAUGGAUAAUAAAUAUACUAGAAAUAUUCUGUGUACAAAAAUCAAAGAAUUCAAAAUAGCAUUACAAAAAUAUUUGGAUGAAUCAAAACAAGAAAAGAGAGGCGAGAAUAUGGAAAGUAGUAUUUCGCAAAAAUCCAGCGAAACCAGCAACAUUGACAAUGUCAAUGAAGAAAAUGCCAUAACGCAUAAUUCGCCGUUCAAUGCAAUGAAGUUGAUCGAAGACGUGGAGAUUUUACUGAAGAAUAAUGUGACAAAGGAUGCAGCGAAAAUUGCUAAUAACAUCAAUGAGCAAGAUAAGAAAGAUGGCGUAAAUGACGAGAGCGCAUCAAAUCUGACCAAUAAUUCGGGUUUCAUCGAGAAUUCAUUGAGGAAAAACUCGACUCCUCCAGAUAAAUUCUGGGCAGCAAACAAAGAUGUUCGCAAAAACACGGUCACAGAACCUGGAGCAAAGAGUGAACUUGAUCUCUUGAACGAUAAAAAAGGUACUAAGAAGACGUCGGGAACUUGA